AUGGUGAAUGUUCCUAAAACCCGCCAGACUUUCUGUAAAAAGUGUGACAAGCACCAGCCCCACAAAGUGACACAGUACAAGAAGGGCAAGGACUGUCUCUAUGCCCAGGGAAAGCGGCGUUAUGACAGGAAGCAGAGUGGCUAUGGUGGGCAGACUAAGCCAAUUUUCCAGGAAAAGGCUAAAACUACAAAGAAGAUUGUGCCGAGGCUUGAGUGUGUAGAGCCCAACUGCAGAUCUAAGAGAAUGCUGGCUAUGAAGAGCUGCGAGCAUUUUGAACUGGGAGGGGAUAAGAAGAGAAAGGGUCAAGUGAUACAGUUCUAAUCAUCUUUUGUUUUAUCAUGAAGACAAUAGAAUCUUGAGAUUAUGUUCACUUCAUCUGGCUGUAGUUGGUCUUUGGGGAGGGAAUAAAUGA